AUGGGCGGCCGCAAGCGCCUUCGGUGCUUCGAGGGGACCAAGGGCGAGCCCAAGCCAGUAUCCGUCACAGCCCAGCACCACGCAGGAUGUUCCGAAAGGCUAAAUCAGUCUGUGAAUCCUUGCACGACGACACCUGAUUCUCCGCCACAGGUCCUCAACAGAAACGAGGUGGGCGCCAAGACGAUGAGAACGAUUGGACGUCGGGGCCUACAAGCCGCCGCCAGCGGUGCUGCCAGGGCGUGA